GUGCUUCUGGGAAGUUGCGCGCGGACCUCCACUUUGCCGGCCUGUGAGGUACGGCCCUUUCGGGUAGCUGGCGUGUCGGGGUCGGGGCGUCUGCGCCGGCCGCGGCCGACUUCUCCGGACCCUCGGACGAGGCCGAGGCGCGGCGCCGCCGAGGGAGGUCACUCGGCCAGGAAGGACGUGACGGGGGCGGCGCGUGUCGCGGACACUCCCCGCCGAGAGCCCGCCCGCCAUGGACUCGGAGUACUACAGCGGGGACCAGUCAGAUGAUGGUGGUGCUACCCCAGUCCAGGACGAGCGGGAUUCGGGGUCCGAUGGUGAGGAGGAUGUCAAUGGGCAGCACUCCGGAUCCGACACUGGGAGUGGAGAACAGCAUUCAGAGGUAUGCAGUGCCCUUGGAGGCCAGAAGAGUCUCCUGGAAUUGGAAUUACGGACAGUUGUGUGCCACCAUGUGGGUGCUAGGAAUUGAGCCCACGUCCUCUGGAAGAGCAAAUGAAACUAGCGAUCGAGAAGAUGGCUUGAACAAGAGACUUAAUGGAACAGACUCUGAGAACGAUGAGCCCUCCAAUCUUAAUGCCAGUGAUUCUGAAAGUGAGGAACUUCAUAGGGCAAAGGACAGUGACUCUGAAUAUGAGGAGCAUGCAGAGUCUCCUGCCAGUUAUUCUGAAAAUGAAGAUGUCAUCCAGCAUGGGAGCGACUCUGAAAAUGAAGAGCUUCUUAAUGGACAUGCAAGUGACUCAGAAAAGGAAGAGGUUAGAAAGCAUGCUGCCAGUGACUCUGAAGCUGAGGACACUCUACAGCCUCAGGUCAGUGAGUCAGACAGUGAAGAUCCCCCAAGGCCCCAGGCCAGUGACUCAGAAAAUGAGGAGCCUCCCAAACCUCGUAUAAGUGACUCAGAAAGCGAGGAGCUCCCCAAACCUCGGAUCAGUGACUCAGAAAGUGAGGAGCCCCCAAGGCCACAGGCCAGUGACUCUGAAAAUGAGGAGCUCCCCAAACCCCGAGUUAGCGACUCGGAAAGUGAGGAGCCUCCAAGGCCACAGGCCAGUGACUCGGAAAGUGAGGAGCUCCCCAAACCCCGAGUCAGCGACUCAGAAAGUGAGGAGCCUCAGAAAGGACCUGCUAGUGAUUCGGAAGCCGAGGAUGCCUCCAGACCCAAACACAAGCCAGAGUCAGACGACAGUGAUGCAGAGAAUAAGAGGGAAGAUUCAGAAAUGCAGAAUGAGUCAGAGGGCCAUGCAGACAGAAAAAGACUCCACAGCUCUGACAGUGAGGAGGAGGAAGAACCGAAAAGGCAGAAACUGGAUAGUGAUGAAGAUGAAGAAAAGGAGGGGGAAGAGGAGAAAGUAGCAAAGCGGAAGGCUACUGUGCUUUCUGAUAGUGACGAUGAAGAAAAAGCAUCAGCAAAGAAGAGUCGAGUUGUCUCUGAUCCUGACGAUUCUGAUAGUGAUGUUGUAUCAGACAAGUCAAGUAAAAGAGAGAAGACAGCAGCAUCUGACAGUGAAGAAGAAGGAGGGAAAGAAGAAUCAUCUGGAAAGAAAAAUGAAGAGAAGGACCUAUUUGGGAGUGACAGUGAAUCAGGCAAUGAAGAAGAAAAUCUUAUUGCAGAUAUAUUUGGAGAAUCUGGUGAUGAAGAGGAAGAGGAAUUUACAGGUUUUAACCAAGAGGAUUUGGAGGAAGAGAAGAAUGAAACACAACUGAAAGAGGCUGAAGACUCGGACUCUGAUGAUAACAUCAAAAGAGGAAAGCAUAUGGACUUUCUGUCGGAUUUUGAGAUGAUGUUACAACGAAAAAAGAACAUGUGUGGCAAACGUAGGCGAAAUCGAGAUGGGAGCACUUUUAUUAGUGAUGCAGAUGACGUUGUGAGUGCCAUGAUUGUAAAGAUGAAUGAAGCUGCUGAGGAAGACAGGCAAUUGAAUAAUCAAAAGAAGCCAGCACUGAAAAAAUUAACCUUAUUGCCUACUGUGGUUAUGCACCUUAAAAAGCAGGACCUUAAAGAAACAUUUAUUGACAGUGGUGUGAUGUCUGCCAUCAAAGAAUGGCUUUCACCUUUACCAGAUAGGAGUUUGCCUGCACUGAAGAUUCGGGAAGAAUUGUUGAAGAUUCUGCAAGAGCUACCUAGUGUAAGCCAGGAGACCCUGAAGCAUAGCGGGAUUGGACGAGCAGUGAUGUAUCUGUAUAAACACCCCAAGGAGUCAAGGUCCAACAAGGAUAUGGCAGGGAAAUUAAUCAAUGAGUGGUCUCGGCCUAUAUUUGGACUUACCUCCAACUAUAAAGGAAUGACAAGAGAAGAAAGGGAGCAGAGAGAUCUAGAACAAAUGCCUCAGCGGCGAAGAAUGAGCAGCACUGGUGGUCAGACACCGCGAAGAGACUUGGAGAAGGUGCUGACAGGAGAGGAAAAGGCUCUUAGACCUGGAGAUCCUGGCUUCUGCGCCCGUGCUAGAGUCCCAAUGCCAUCAAACAAAGACUAUGUCGUCAGACCCAAGUGGAAUGUAGAAAUGGAGUCAUCCAGGUUUCAGGCAUCCUCCAAGAAAGGUAUCAGUCGACUGGAUAAACAGAUGAGAAAGUUCACAGAUAUCAGGAAAAAAAGCAGAUCUGCUCAUGCAGUGAAAAUCAGCAUCGAGGGCAAUAAAAUGCCAUUGUGACCUUGCCUGGGACGUGUCCCCAUCUCUAAAAAAUGCACAAUGGACUAUGGAGAAAGAAGAUACUUUUAAAUGUUUUAAUGUGUCUCUAAUGGUUCGACUUGUAUCACUUGUUGUAGGACUGACAUUUCUCUCCGUUGUAUUUAAGACCAGUUGUCUGCUUUGUACAGAUGAGUACUACUCUUGCUUCUAUAAACUGUAUGUAAUAAAAUUUCGUUCUGGUUUUGGGGGGUUGUCUCAUCAUUGUCUUAGAGAUUAUUUUCUGUGAAGACAAAAACAGUUCUUUUUACUACUUCGUGUCAUAUAAUGAGGAAUUUGGACCUUUUCCCUGGCUCCCAACAAGGAAUAUCUCAAACCCUUAGGAUUCUUGAAGUAUCUUUCUUAUACUCUUGAUUGGGCUCAUCGCAGGCUCUAGGGUGAGAGGCUGGUCACCAGAAAUACGUUUGGGCUAAUCACAUUGCCUGCUUAAUUAAUAAAUCAUACCUUGGUAGUGAGGCCCUGGUAAAGAACUCUGGACAAGACAGGUGCCAUGUAUGGCAAGACUCUUAAAUGCUCUGGACACUGCAAACCGUGUUGAUGUGCCAGGAGAACAAGGGCACAGAAGCUCUGCAUUACCCUAGACCACUGCUGAAGUUUCAUUGGCCUGUUUGGCCCCAUUUGUAUCUUUUCUAAUACGACUAUUCAUAACUAUAAUGUUUUAUUUAAAGACAGUAUUUUUCUCAGUUCUGUGAGUCGUUCAGCAAACUUUUAAACCAAGAAGUUCUUGAGAACUCUCCACUUUAUAGCCAACCUGGAAUGUUGAUGGUCUGAAGAUUGAGCACUUGCAGUCCAUGUCUGAAGUCAGGACAGUCUUGUGGAGGAAGCUUGAUUCUUACACUCACCCUGAGCAUUUGGAAUCAGAAUUGAAUUAUAUACUACUGUGUAUGUCUAUAAUCUCAGCACUCAGCAAGUGAAGAUAGGCGUAUUGGGAGUUCCCCAACUCUCUGAUACUUAGCAAGACCCUAUUCAAAUAAAUAUGGUAUCCCCAGUUGGGGUUGAAAUGCAACAAACUUUUUGUUUCUCUUGUUAGGGAUUUUUUUUUUUAAUCUGGGGAAUUAAUCUGUAGAAAGAAAAGAUUAAGAAACUCUUAAGGGAAAUACAGAUUACUUGAAAGUUACUCGCUUACAUAUAACAGUUGGACAAAUAGAAAAGAGAAACAUAGUUUAUAAUUUCUUGUUCAAUUUUGAGAAUUCUUGAAAAUCCUAAGAGUUUCUGUAGAUCAAGAAAGUUUUAUCAGUUAACCAUUAAUUACAAAAAAUCCUUUUCUAAUACAAACUGAGACCUUGAUUUUUUUAAAAAUAGAGUAUUAUUCGCCACAGUGGACUUUGGACAGUUAAAGGAACAUGGACCUUAUGGACUAAAAAACACUCUGUAAGAAACUCUAAAGCCGGGUGUGGUGGCACACGCCUUUAAUCCCAGCACUGGGAGGCAGAGGCAGGUGGAUCUCUGUGAGUUCAAGGCCAGCCUGGUCUACGUAGAGAGUUCCAGGACAGCCAGGACUAUACAGAGAAACCCUGUCUUGAAACCCCACCACCAAUAAAAAGGGGCUGGAAGAAAAGACUCAGUGGUAAAGAGCACUUGCCAUUCUUGAAGAGAACCCAUUCUCAACACCCUUGUUGGGCAGCUCACAAUUGCCUGUAAUUCCAGUACUAGGGGAUCUAACACCCUCUCCUGGCUUCUGCACCUUCACACACAUGGCUCAGCCUUUAAAGACUAGACUCACAACCAAAAAAAAAAAGUAAAAAUCUUAAAACCGGGCACGUGAAUCUCUAAGUUCAAGGCCAGUGUGGUCUACAGAGCGAGUUCCAGGACAGCCAGGGCUACACACACAGAGAGAGACCUUGUCUUGGAAAAUUAAAAUGUGAAAAAAGCCUGUGAAAGCCCAUGAGUACUCUCUGCACACAGAGCAGGUGGAUUGUGAAGCAGGAAGACCUCACAGCAGCUCGGCACUAGGUGGAAGCAGACCACCCCUUCCAUUGUUUGAUUCCACUAACUAAAGGUGAUAAAGAGCUUAUAAUCAACCACAAAACAGUUAUGAACAUGAAAAGCAAGUUUUUAAGAGUUGUUCGGAUUUUGGUGUCUUAGGGUGAGCUCCACUUAGCUCUGUGUUAUGCAAGGUAAAUAUAGCAAGCAAAUGAUAAAACUAUACCCUGGAGUUCAAGGGGAUGGGAGGGUCUACACUAUUUAAAAGAGAAAAUAGUAAGUUUCUUUAUAAAUUAUCUUUGUUGUGUAUCUUUAUAGGGGCAUCCCAAGCCUGACCCAUUGCCUUUUUAAUUCCUAGUUACUGACUCUUCGAAUACUGAAAUUAGCUCCCAUAUACUCUUCAACAAUUUCAAUCAUGCUACUUUUCAUUAUAUUUUAUAUAUAUGAUUUCUAUUGCAGCCCAUGUGUGUAGCUUUAUGGGCAAGCUUUUCUCUUAAAUCCACAUAUCUACGCAUAUUUCUCUUAAGAUAGUUUUAGUGGCUGGAUAAUGUAGCUGUGUUAGUGCAGGCUUGGCGUGCAUUAAGCUUGGAUUCCAUCCCUAGCGCCACAGACACCUGGCCUUUAUCAUUUAUCAGCCACUUGAGACAGUUUGUCUCACGGUUGGCCAUGUUAACUUUGACCUCUUAGAUGGAAUGUUGCAUAGUCACUCAGGUUUUUUUGUAAAAUAUUUUCAUUUUGGCAAAAAAAAAAAGUUGUAUCUUCACUUUUAACUGUACAGUUUAGGUGCAUUAACUGAGUUCACAUUGUUGUGAAAACCUCUAGACAUCAUCUUAAGAAAAUUUAGCUGUAGGCUGGACAUGGUAGUGCACACCUUUAAUCCCAGUGUUAAGGAGGCAAAGGCAGAAGCAUCUCUUGAGUUCAAAGCCAUUUUAGUGAGCUCCAGGACAGUUAAGACUGCAUAGACCCUGCCUAAGAACAAACAAAACCCUUAACUCCUUCCACCAGCUCUUGACAACUUCAUUCUGCUUUAGACUAUUCCAGGAACCCACUUUUAAAUUUAUUGUGGGUGGGGGAACAUAUACCAUGGUAGGCAUAUAGAAAAUCAUAAUUUUAUGGAGUUCUUGCCUUCUACUUUUACAUGGAUUCUAAGGAUGAAACAGGUUUUAAGACUUGUGGCAACCACUUUGACCACUGUACAUAUCAUCAGCCUGUUUAUAUGUACGGGUAUAAAUGCCUUAUCAGAUGCAUGAUUUAUGAAUAGUCUCACAUUCUUUUGACUCUAUUGAUCUUAUUCUUUGGUACAAAAGUAAUUUUAAUUUUGGUGUAGCUUAUUUCCUGUGCUGUUGGUAUCACCAAAUGAGUUACAUAGCUUUAUGUAAGGGCUAUGUGAAAAAACCUAUGAUCCAUUUUUGAGAUAAUUUUAUGUUAUAAAAAGGUCUGCUUUUAUUAUUACAUCAUUUGUUGAAGACUGUCCCUCAUUGAUGGUCUUGGAUCCCUUCUCAGAAUUGAUUUGACUGUGUAUGAGGGUUUAUUUCCAUAUUUUGCUUCAUUCCUUUGGUUUUAUCUUUUCUAAAUCCUUGAUACUGUUUUGACUACUGGAGCUUUAUAUUUAUAGUAAAUUCUGAAGUAAUAUGAUCUAUACACUUCUCAGUAUUGUUUUGGUUGUCUGAGGUUCCUUGAAAUUAAGGGGAAAAUUGUAUAUGAAUAUGUGCAGCUGCAUGUGGAAGUCACAGGACAACUUUUGGGAGUGGUGGUUCUGCCUGUGUUCUGUAGUCAUCAGACUUGCGCUGCAAACUUUUACCCAAAGAACCGUCUUUCUAGUCCCCUCCACUUUUCUAUUCAAUUUUAUUCUGGUUUUCUGGGGUUCCUUAAGGUUUUAUAUGAAUUCUAGGAUAAUUUUUCUGUUUGUAGCCAUCAAUGGAUUUUUAACUGAUUGUGUUAAAUCUGCCAUUUGAGGUAGGACUGAGUUUUAACAAUUAUAAGUAUUCUGGUCCUUAAGCAGAAAAUACCUUUCCAUUUAGAGUCCUUGGUUGAAUUAUUCCUAAGUGUUUUUAAUUCUUUGUGAUGUUAUUAUAAACUGAAUUAUUUUCUUAAUUUCCAUUUAAAGAUCAUUGUUCGUUAGCAUGAGCUCCUCCUUUCUUUUUGGAUACCUCUCACUUCCUCUUCUUGCCUUAUUGUUAGAAUUCUAGUAGUCUGUUGAAUACUAGUGAUGAAAAUGGGCAUCUUUGUCUUUUGGGGUUUAAAGAAAAGGCUUUGUCUUUAUUCACUAAAUAUAAUGUGGGCUUUUCAUAUAUGACUUUUGUUGGCUUUCUGUCUACUUUUAAUUUACUGAGUUUUUAUGAUGGCAGGCUAUUGAAUUUUGUGAAGUGCUUUUUCUAUAUCAUUUGAAAUCAUGUUUUUUCUUCAUCUUGAUAUUGUGUAUUUAACUGUUGUAUAUGUUUGGUGUGUGUUUUCAAUUAUACAUAUAAACAUAUGCAUGAGCACCUGUUGGUACACAUGUGCACAGAGGUGUGGAGGUCAGGGGACAACCCUGAGGAUCCAUCUUGUCUUUUGAGUCAGGGUCUCUCACUGUCCUGGAACUCCAAAUAGGCUUGGCUGACUAGUAAGGCCUAGGCAUCCACCUGUCUGUACCUCUAUUGUUUGGAUUAUAAAUGUACACCAUCACGCAUGACUUUUCAUAGGUUCUGGGCUUCAAAUGCAUGUCCUCCUGCUUGCAAAGCAAUCUACUUUUACCAGCUGAGCUGUCUCCCCAACCCAUCAUAGAUUUAUGUUGUUAUUGUUUUGCUAAAUCAUCCUAAAAUAAUGUCAGUAAAUCCUUCUUGAUCAUGAAAAAAAGCUAUACUUUUUGAAAAAGCUUUAUUUUUAUUUCAUAUGUGUGAAUAUUUAUUACUUCAUGUACAUAUGAGUGUGUACCACAUGUGUGCCUGGUGCCCGUAGAGACCAUUAGAGGGCAUUGGAGCCCUUGGUACUAGAGUUAAUAAAAUGGUUGUCAACUUCCAUGCAGGUGCUGGGACCUAAACCUGGGAUUCUCUGCAAGAGCAGCCAGUGUGCUUAACCACUGAGCCAUCUCUCCAACCCUGCAAAAUCCUUUUAUGUUUUAUUGAAUUCUGUUUGCUAGUACUUUUUAAUUUUACAUUUUUGUGUGUGUAUGAUUGUGUAUCAGAGGAUAACUUAAGUCAGUUUUCAUUCUACCAUCUGGGUUCUGAAGAUCAAACGCAGGUUGCCAGGCUUGGCAGCUGAGUUCUCUCAUUGGCCCAUGUUGGGCUUUUUGUUGUUUGUUAUGGUUUGGUUUUGUUUUGAAGAAUUUUUGUAACACUGUGACCUAUAGUUUUAUUAUCCCACCUGUUUGGUUUUGAUUUCAGGGUAAUGCUGGCUUCAUAUUUUGGAAGUGUGUCCUCCUUUAUAAGUUUUCAGAGUAAUUUGUCAAAAUUAAUUUUAAUUUGGCCAGGCCUGGUGCAUGCCUUUAAUCCCAACACUUGGGAGGCAGGGGCAGGAGGAUCUCUGAGUUCAAGGUAAACCUGGUCACCUAAGGCUCUACAGAGAGAACCUGUCUCAAUUAGAAAAAAGAAAAUACUGUUCUUUAGAUGGUUGGUAGAAUGUACUGUUAUAGCCACAUGGACCUGGCGUUUUCUUUAGACGGUUGGUAGAAUGUACUGUUAUAGCCACAUGGUCCUGGGGUUUCCUUUGCUGGGAAGGUUUUAAUAGUAGACGUGAUUAGAGGACUGCCUAUUUAGAUUGAUAUUUCGUCAUGAAUCAAAGUUGGUGGGUUUUCUCUUUUAUCUAUUAUCCAAUGGAUAUAUUGAUGAGAUAGUUUAUAAUGUUUUGCACUUUUCACUCUGGGAAACCUGCCAUGAUGUCCCCACUCCUUUUAAAGGUAUAUCACUGUGUGUAUGUGUAUUCACAUGUGUGCAAGUGUGUGCACAUAUAUGUACAGGGGACAGGGGGCUGAAGUUAACAUAAAGUCUCUUCUUUUAUCUCAACUUUAUUGAAUACAGAGCCCCUAACUGGUAAACCAGUUAGUCACAUUGCCCAAGGGGUCCCCUCCCCAUUCUCUGCUUCUCAAAUCCUGAGAUUAUAGAGAGCUAGUUACAUACCUGCCUGGCUUUUUCUGGGCAUCUGAACUCACUUAAUCUACUAAACAAACCAUCUCUCCAGCCCAGUGUCCCCAUUUUGGUUUCUAAUUUUAGUUAGUUGAGCUUUUUUUCCCCCUUUCAUAGCCAGUCUAGCUAAAAGUUUGUCAGUUUUGAGAUUUAAAAGACCAAUUCUUGAUUGUUUUAUUUUUCCACGACUCUGAUCAGUUUUCCUGCUUGCUCUUUUCCUUGUUCCUUGAAGAAUAAAGUUUGGCUUUGAGACCUGUGUUGCAUAGCUGUUUCAGCCUUGCUUCUGUUGUAUCCCAACACUUCUGGUAUUUUGUGGUGGUUUUUGUUUGUUUCAGGCAGUGUUUUAAUUUCCCUUGUGAUUUCCUCUUUCAACUAUCAGUUGUUUAAAAAUAUCUUAUUUAGCUGGGCAGUGGUGGCGCACACCUUUAAUUGCAGCACUAGGGAGGCAGAGGCAGGCAGAUUUCUAUGAGUUUGUGGUCAGCCUGAUCUACAGAGCGAGUUCCAGGACAGCCAGGGCUACACAGAGAAACUCUGUCUCAGGGAGGGGUCCUAUUUAUUUUACACAUUUGUGAGUUUUGUAGUUUUCCUUAAUGUGUUAAGGCUCUGUGGCACUGAUGUAUCUGAGAAAGUGUUCCAUAUGCCUUUGAGAAAAAUGUAUUUUCUGCUUAUUGGGUAGUAUGUUCUGUAUAUACGUUUUGAGGUCCAAAUAUUCUGUGGUGGUUUUCAAGUGAUGCUUUUCCUUGUUGAUCUGCUGUACUUACUAUUCUAUCUGUACCCUUUGAACAGUCUUGUUUCUCCCAUCCGUCAUAUACUUAGCAAUUUUAGUUGGCAUAUCUUUGUUGAUAAUUGCUGUGUCUAAUUGGUGAUAUAAAUAUCCUUAUUUCAUUAUGUAAUUGCCUUUGUCUCUUAAAAUAGGUUUGAAUGAAGUCCUUUUUUUCUGUUUUCUCUGUGCUACUUCCCUCUUUGGGUUACUGCAGUUGAACAGGACAUGUUUUUCAUUCUAUCAAUGUAGUGAGUUUACUUCUAAAGUGGGUCUCUUAUAUAAAAUAUAUAAUUGAACCUUAGGUUUUAAAUUUAUUCUUCUAAGCUGUAUCUUCUAUGUGGUAAUUAAAUCCAUUGGCAAAGUAACUACUAUAACUGUUAAAGGAAAGGGCUCACUGUUGCCAUUUUGUUUUUCUCUAGGUCUUCCAGUUUUUUGUCCUUCAUUUCUUCUUUUACUUCUUUUUGUGUAGUUUAAAUGUCUUGUUUGAUUUGCUUUCAUUUCUUCUGUAUAUAUUGUAUAUGUGAUUUUUAUGAGGUUUACGUGAAACAUCCUAAAGUUACAGCAGUCUAUUUAAAACUAAUAGCUUAAUCACAUGCAAAGCUUCUUCUCUUUAUAGUUCUAGCCCUCUUUUUUACAUUAUCAAUGUCACAAAUAGCAUAUAAUGUGUGUCCAAUAACAAGUUUAUAACUUUUUAUGCUUUUCUAUUUUAAAUACUGUUAAAGAAUAAAAAGAAUUGUGAACCAAAAUUACAAUGA